CUGAGGUGUCGUAGCGCACUAGCAGACGUAACCAUUCCUCGGGCAAAAGUGACGCGGCAUUAGGGACCGGUGCAUCAGGGACUGAAGGUAAAUCCCGCGGGCACUCACCAACAUUAAUCGAGAAACAGUCGUCCGCAAAAGAGAGGUCGGUAAACCGGCAAAAUGCACGCGCUGAGCGCUGCCGCCAACUGGUGGCCCGUGCAUAAAGCGCACGCUUCGACGUCAUCGAGUAACCGUCGCCAUAUCGCGCAGCUUUUACGAUUGAACAAACACGGAAAUUAUUUCAACCUUAGGCCACAAGGAAAUAGUGCUCGAGUUCCAGCUCCAGCCAUCACAUUCAAGCCAUGCCGCAUUGAACUGCAGCAUGACACAUCUCCUGGUGACGUCUGUACGUGCGCAUCUGUUUCCGCACCUGCGGACACAAGUGCUGACACUACCACAACAGAGGCUCUUGCCAGGUAUGUUGCUGCCCACGGUGGCAAACGUGUUAUCCGGAAGGUGCUCAUAGCGAAUAAUGGAAUGGCCGCGACAAAGUCGAUCAUAUCCAUGCGUCGAUGGGCGUAUACUGAACUUGGAGACGAAAACGCCAUCGAAUUCAUCGCGAUGGCAACUCCCGAGGACUUAAAUGCCAACGCCGAAUUCAUCCGGUUUGCCGAUGACUUCGUGGAGGUCCCGGGAGGUUCAAACAAAAAUAACUAUGCGAACGUCAACCUAAUUGUGGACAUUGCUGAGCGUGAAGGAGUUGAUGCAGUAUGGCCAGGAUGGGGACAUGCAUCAGAGAAUCCAAAACUUCCAACUUCGCUUAAGGAGCGUGGGAUACAGUUUAUUGGCCCGACAGCACCCGUGAUGUCAGUGCUUGGCGAUAAAAUCGCUGCAAACAUCCUUGCACAGACUGCAAAGGUUCCAUCCAUCCCGUGGUCUGGAGAAGGUCUAGAGGCGGAGCUCACCGAGGAAGGCACGAUUCCUGAUGAUAUUUUCAACAAAGCAAUGGUUACAACGGUCGAAGAAUCUCUCGUGGCAGCGAAUCGCAUUGGGUAUCCAGUCAUGUUGAAGGCUUCUGAAGGUGGUGGCGGUAAAGGCAUCCGCAUGAGUGCUAAUGACGAGGAAUUAAGGGUCAACUUUGAAAUGGUCAAGGCAGAGGUUCCCGGGUCGCCGAUGUUUAUGAUGCAGCUCUGCUCCCAAGCUAGGCAUCUUGAAGUUCAAAUUGUUGGCGACGAAUACGGAAAUGCGGUUGCCUUAAGUGGCAGAGACUGCUCUACACAGCGCCGCUUCCAGAAAAUAUUUGAGGAAGCGCCGCCAACGAUCGCAGACCCUACAAUAUUUCGCGAAAUGGAAAAGGCUGCUCAGCGUCUAACUCGAAAUAUUGGAUAUGUCGGCGCUGGGACAGUUGAAUACCUGUACAAUGCCACGACAAAGAAGUACUAUUUCCUUGAACUCAACCCACGUCUCCAAGUCGAGCAUCCUGUCACAGAGGGAAUCACAGGAGUAAAUCUACCGGCAACGCAACUGCAAGUGGCCAUGGGUAUUCCGCUUAGCCGCAUACCUGAUAUCAGGAGGUUUUAUGGCCGCGAUCCGGAGACGGACACGAACAUAGACUUCAUGGAAGAAGACUAUGUCCUUCCCGAGCGCCACGUCAUCGCGGCCCGAAUAACGGCAGAGAACCCAGAUGAGGGUUUCAAGCCUACCUCAGGCGGCAUUGAAAGAGUGUCAUUUCAGUCAACACCUACUGUCUGGGGUUACUUUUCUGUUGGCGCCAACGGUGGCGUGCAUGAGUUCGCAGAUUCCCAGUUUGGUCACAUCUUUGCCACCGGCUCGACUCGCGAGGAAUCACGCAAGUCGCUCGUGUUGGCUCUUAAGGGAAUGGUGGUGCGAGGUGAGAUUAGAACUGCCGUCGAGUAUCUUGUUCAACUCUUGGAGACGGAUGACUUCAAAAAUAAUAAUAUCGACACAAGUUGGCUCGAUGGUAUUAUCAAGGCAAAGUCAAUUGCAAUGAAAGAGGAUCCACACACCAUCGUAGCGUCUGCUGCCCUAUAUCGUGCUUUCCGAAUCGUACAAGCAGAAGAAUCUGCCUUCAAGGAAUUUUGGCAGAAGGGGCAGACAGCCACUCAAGGAAUCGAACGUCUCACAGAGUUCCCAAUGGAUAUAACGUAUCAAGACGUGAAAUAUUCCUUCACGAUUCACCGUCGUGGUCCGGACUCACUUGUUCUAUCUCUUAAAGGAGAAGAUCUCAUCAACGCAAGAAUUCGUGAGCGUUCUGAUGGAGUACUCCUUGGAAUAUGGGGGGGGCAGACGCACGAGAUCGAUGGUCUCGAGGAACCGCUCGGUCUGCGAAUGGUGCUCGAUGGUCAAACCUGGCUGCUUCCCAACCAGUUUGACCCGUCUGAGCUGCGGACGGAUGUCACAGGUAAACUCAUUCGCUUCCUUCAGGAUGAUGGCGGCGAGGUGAUUGCGGGCAAGCCUUAUGCAGAGGUCGAAGCAAUGAAGAUGGUAAUGCCCCUCAUCGCAACUGAAAGCGGCACGAUAUCACAUGCCAAAUCUGGAGGUGCCGUCAUCGAGGCUGGUGAUCUACUCGGUAGCCUCACUCUCAAGGACCCAAACAAAGUGAAGAAGAUUUCUCCGUUUGGUGGGGAAUUUCGCUGCUCAUCUAUAGAGGGCCAAGAAGCACCCCCAUCUGCUUCUGAGGCACUUGAGGAAGCUAUCUCCUCUACUAACCUACUUCUCGAUGGAUACGUUCUUCCUGUAGAAGAGACAGUGAAUAACCUUCUCGAAACGCUUUGUGAUCCUGCACUCCCAGAGGCUGAUGGUGGACGAUGGCAGCGGGCAUGUUCUAUCCUCAAUUGUAUUGUCGAUCGUUACCUCUCCGUCGAGAGUCUGUUCGCUGGAAAGAAGGGAGACUCCGUGAUGCGCGAACAAACGCAGAAGAACAGUGGUGACAUGGACGCACUCUUAAGGAUGGUCGUUGCUCAUGCACGCAUCAAACAGAGUACACAAAUGGUAAUCAGUCUGCUCAAGCAAGCUCCGACACUUCCGCAGCGGGUCAUGGGUGGACCCAUCGGAUGGGCAGAUGACCAUUCACCCAUAUCUGACGAUUUCCGUGCUUCCAUUGAACGACUGUCAAACCUGAGAGGUGCUGACUACGGUGAACUUGCGCUGACUGCAUCCAACAUUUUACUUGAAAAACGUCUCCCCUCCAUAGAUAAACGCCUCGAUGAGCUCCGCAGCAUCCUCUUGGGAGGUAUGGGCUUGAAGCGUCCGUGGGGGACUUCAGAGGCGGGCGAUCUGAAAAGCUUGAUCGAAUCCCCCACCCUUGCUGUGGAUCUUUUACCAUCUCUUUUCGUAGAUUCUGAUGCAGACGUUGCCGAUGCAGCGCUUGAAGUCUACACGAAGCGUGUUUAUCGUGCCCACAACGUCAUCUCAUCGGAAAUUGUGCGUGAAAAUGACCUUGACUCAAUGAACUUCAAGUUUCAGUUCAACACUUAUCCAGAGGAGUCACCGCUGCGUUUCGGCGUCAUGGUGGUGACCACGACACUUGAACAAGCUAAGGCCCAGAUGCCAGCUAUACUUGAUCGUCUCGCCCAUCAUAUCGACGAUGCCGCAAAAGAUACGCCGUUUCAUGUUUUACACAUUGCUUUGAGCUGCCAGACUGAAGAAACAACUCUGGCAGACCGAUGUGCAGCCGUUUUGAGCGAACACCGCGGCCGCAUGGCGGAACUUGGCGUCAAGUUUGUAAACGUUAUUAGCUACGUCCCCCCCAACCUCCCUCACUAUUAUACUUUCACUGCUGCCAAUGGUUACCAGGAAGAUCCUCUUUAUCGUGGUGAGCGGCCCACUGUUGCACACUUGCUUGAGCUAGCUCGACUUGAGAACUACAACCUGACACGCUUGCCAACUGUUAACCGAGAUCUGCACGUUUACGUUGGAGAGUCCAAGCAAGGCUUCGGCAAGCGAGGUCUUCAGAAGCACAUACUACUUCGGCGCAUAAGUCACUCUCGUGAUGCGGCUGAAGGAGGUAUUGAACGAGUUCUCGGUAAGGCUGUCGAAGCCCUUGAUCUCGCACGACUUGAUCCGCGCACGAAAGGUGCCAGCUCUGGUCGGAUAUACAUCAACUUUUUACCAGCCCAGACCAACAGUCCAUUUGACACCAUCGUUACUUCCCUGAAGACGAAAGUAUUGGAGUUCAUCAGCCGCAAAUCUACCGAGCUCCUCGCCCAGCAGGUUGAUGAAAUAGAAAUUCGAUUUCGUAUCGCUGAGAGCCCAGGUUCUUCCGUGCAGGUCCCUGUCCGAAUUAUGGCAACAUCCAUGUCCGGACAAUGGCUCAAGGUUGACGUGUACCGUGAAUACCUUGAUCCGCAAACGGGGAAAGCAACGCAAUUUUGCAUGCUAGGGAAAGAUGGUGUCGAAGAGGCAUGUUUUAUGGAACCUUAUCCGAUGCCAGGUACCCUGCAGCAAAAGCGCUCUAUUGCCCGGGCCAUUGGAACGACCUACAUAUAUGACUUCUUGGGUUUGAUAGAGAAGGCAAUGGUGCUUGAGUGGCGCCAGUUCAUUGCAGAUAACGGCGAGGGUACUGUUCCUGUAGAUAUGUUCCGUGCGGAGGAGCUUAUCCUGAACGCAGAUGAUAGAUCUCUUUCGAAAGCAGAGACGAGCAGAAUUGCCGGUUCCAACGACAUUGGUAUGGUGGCGUGGCAGUGCUUCAUGAAAACACCCGAGUACCCCGAAGGGCGCGAAAUUGUUCUCGUAGGAAAUGACUGUACAUUUAUGUCUGGCUCAUUCGGUGUUAAGGAGGAUGAUUUUUACUAUGCGGUGUCACAAUAUGCUCGCAGAAAAGGUGUCCCACGUGUAUACAUUGCAUCGAACUCUGGGGCUCGCAUCGGCUUAGUCGAGGAGCUCAAGCCAUACUUCAAGGUUGCAUGGAACGACGUGUCAAAUCCUUCACUAGGAUUCAGGUAUCUUUACCUGUCUCCCGAUGACUAUGCUGCCUUCCCGGAAGGCACCGUAAACGCAACAGAGGUUGUUGAUGAUGGCGAGAAGAGAAUGCAACUAGACGAUAUCAUUGGACAGAUUCAUGGCAUUGGUGUUGAAAACCUCCGGGGCUCUGGCAUGAUUGCCGGAGAGCAGUCAGCAGCAUAUUCUGAUGCGUUCACUCUUUCGUACAUAACUGGUCGUUCAGUUGGCAUCGGGGCCUACUUGUGCCGCCUCGGUCAGCGUAACAUUCAGAUGACAAAUGGUCCUCUCAUUCUCACAGGAUAUCUAGCACUGAACAAAUUGCUUGGACGUGAGGUGUACACCUCGCAGGAUCAACUAGGUGGUCCACAAGUGAUGAUGCCGAACGGGGUGAGCCAUAUGCAAGUUGAGGAUGACCAGGAGGGUGUGAAGGCCAUCCUUCGCUGGUUGUCAUAUGUUCCUUCAAACUGUUUUACUCGAGCUCCAGCACUUCCUUCAGCAGAUCCCACCUCUCGCAAAAUUGCAUUCAAGCCGACGAAGACACCAUAUGAUCCCCGCCACAUGAUUUCUGGAACGGAAAGCUCGGAUGGGUCUUGGAUUGGCGGUUUCUUUGACCGAGGUUCGUGGACUGAGACCCUCGCAGACUGGGGAAAAUCUGUAGUCUGUGGCCGUGCCCGCCUAGGUGGUAUACCUAUGGGUGUUAUAGCAGUUGAAACACGCCUCAUGGAGCAGCGCAUACCUGCGGAUCCAGCGAAUCCAGACUCUCGUGAAUCUGUUCUUGCUCAGGCUGGCCAGGUGUGGUUCCCAGACUCAGCUCACAAGACUGCAACUGCGAUUCGUGACUUUAACAAUGCCGAGAAUCUUCCUUUGAUUAUUUUUGCGAACUGGCGAGGCUUUUCCGGUGGCACUCGUGACAUGUACGGAGAAAUACUCAAGUUUGGUGCCAUGAUCGUCGAUGAGUUACGGGUUUACCGCCACCCUGUUUUUGUGUACAUCCCACCAAAUGGUGAGCUUCGUGGUGGCGCUUGGGUUGUUGUUGAUCCCACUAUAAACGAAGCUCAGAUGGAGAUGUAUGCAGAUGAGGAGAGUCGUGGAGGCAUACUUGAGCCACCUGGCAUCUGUGAAGUCAAAUUUCGUGACAAAGACCAGAAAGCAGUUAUGCACCGCCUUGACCCAGUGUUGCUAGAGCUGGACCAGGACCCCGAGGAAAAUCAGGUGGAAAUUUCUUCUCGGGAAGCACAACUUCUGCCUAUGUACACACAGGUGGCACAUGAGUUCGCUGACUUGCACGACCGAAGUGGGCGAAUGCUUGCAAAGGGUGUAAUCCGAGACGUUGUGAAGUGGGAAGAUGCCCGUGCUUAUUUUCAUGCCCGACUACAGCGCAGACUCGCCAUGGAUGACUUAGCAAUGGAAGCGGGCACUGAUCGGACAGUUGUAGAAGAACACUUGGAGAAACUCGCCGUCGAAGCUAACAUAAAUUGGAGCUCCGAUGCUGCUGUCACAGGCUGGCUUCAAACAGAAGCAGACCAUAUCAGGAACAUCAUAUCUUCACUAGGACGAGACGCUGCUGUUGAAGAUGCAGUAGAAAGCCUCUCAAGUCUUGAUGAAGAGGCCCUGAAGAUGGUACUACAGAUGUUGAAGGCACAAGGAAAGCAGUGAGCGGCUAGACUCUGAAAAGCUGAAUGCCAAGAAAGACAACACUCAUACAGCACCUCAGCGUGUGGAGCAAGCUGCUAUUGAAAGUACCUUCGAAGCAGUACUUCCGGAAGUACAGAAGUACUUUGCAGCUCCCUGUGUUGUGUAUUUCACCAGGCGAUUCAACUUGAAGAACUGAGGAAAACUGGCAUUUCCAAAGUAUGUUUCCGUGACUGGCUAAUCCUAUGAAACGACAAAAUACGGUGGACAUUUUCGUUCCAACGAUAAAAGUACCUCGUACUUUGCGUUCGCGAAAGUACUUCCGGAAGUACGUAGCUACGUACUGUACACUACGUUGUAGGGCAAUACCUUCGGAGGAUACACAAAAGCACCCCUGAUAAAUCCUUCGAAGGUACUUCCGUAUAUUCGUUCUAUCUUGCACAGUACACGUACACGUACGUGUAUGUCCUUCAUAGUAUAUAUCAUAAUGCCCUAAACCCAGCCAUAAUUAUAUACCUUCAUAUAUAUAUAGUACGUACAUAUACAAGUACGAAAAAAGUACGAGGGUAUCAGCGUACCUUCGUACGAAGAUAGCAUUAAAUAAAAUAGUACGAAAGUACUUUGUACAGUGUGAAGACAGUGACGAGUGAGCAAAC